AUGUAUUUUGGGACUAAAACCUCCAAGUUUUGUUUCAGAAUCAUUUCCUUUUCGUCACUGGAGUCAGAGUUGAGUUUUGAUUUGGAAGACUCCGAAAUAAACUUUGAUUGAGCACGCUCGACAACUGUGAACUCACUGCUUAGAGCUUUGAGAGCAAUUUACAAUAUUUCAAGCGACGAAGGGGAAGACUCCUUUGCAGACGAGCUGCUUGUAUAUUAGGAAUGGAAAGCUAGAUAUGAAGCGGAGGAGCAGGCAAACGAAAAGCAGGAAAGAAAACUCAAGGACUGCUUUGGAUGGUAAUUUCGUCACCUAAACGAAAGAUUUCCACGCGUGUUUAUAGCCCGUUUACAUUUCUCCUUAGCAAGACUGUGUUUUGUCAAGGUAUGAUUGUUCUAUUAAAUUCAGUUUGUGUUUUACUUUCCGUUGAAUAGACAAAUUUGGCUAACUCACACGUGACUUGAAUUGGGUACAACAACAACCAAAACAAGUGUGUACGUAUUGAAAUUUGGAGAAAAUUAAGCCACGAUUCUGCGGUUUUGUUGCACCAGAGACUGUCAGAACAGCUCCACUAACUGAAAAAAUCUGCCGUUUUAUGGGUUUCCGUUAAAUUUUAAAAGUCUCCUCUCUGUUUGGAUCGUGAAAAUGAAAAGAGAUCCACGAUAUUUCAACGUCAGUACUGCAGCGAACACUUUAUAUCAGAAGAUUUUAUUAAUCCUUACUCUAGUAAAAAUUGAUUGAAGGCCGAUGCAGUUCCUUUUUUUUCAUGGGAUAAAGAUAAGCAGGAGAAGGUCCAAGCGGUGAAGAGGUACGCAUCAGAAAAGAUGAAUCAAAGCAGAAAAGAAAAUGAAGCAACGGAUUCAGCAGCAUCUGAAGGAGAAUGUGUCACGUUGGUCUUGACUAGGGCUGGCGAAUAAAUUAUUUCUCGAAAGAACAAACAUCUUGAGGAUGAAAUCUGUAGCUAAUUAGAUGAACAUCUUAGAAUUCCCUGGUUACAUAAUUUUUCUGUAUCCUACCUUCUUUCUUAAUGUACAACCCAAAGAAAGAGGGAAAAUUUAUUACACUUUUCACAGUAUUUAACAGUCAUGGUGAAUUCCUGAAUAUCAUUACAAUUUCUGUUGCCUAAUCUAGACAGAAAAAUGCAGAUUUACUGGGAUACUACAAUGAGAAAAUCAAUUGUUAUUUACACAGAGAAACUGCUCUUGAAAUAUACCAAGACUGGGGUAGUCAUGUAAAGAUUGCAUCACUCGGGAUAUCUUUGAUAUCAAGACAUGAAUAAUCAUUCAAUGAUGAUUGCAGUGUCCUCCCUCCCUUACAGGAAGAGCGUGUUUAAUUAAUUUAAAACUUCUGCCCUGCCAUCGCUCUCCCUGAACAUUACAGCUAAAAUGAGGCUCUUCAAUUUUUCUUAGAGAUCUUUAGCAAGGUGCCUUGACAUGGAAAUCCUGCAACUACUGACACGUGUAAACAUCAUCAACAUACCCUUCCCGAAAGAACUUAUAGCUUUUCUCUCCAGCAUUCUUUUUUCCGCCUUGCUCGAGCCACGAAGACCAUGUUCUUUGACCCAAAUUUUGGAAAAUUUGAUCAGUUCUAUUCUUUAUUGAAUAGACAACUAAAGCAACGCACAUGAUUAACACAACAAAUAAAGAAAAUAUUAAGGGAGCCUCGUUUUCACGCAAUGUAGACACCCAAUUCAAUGUCACGUGUGUGUUAGCCGAAUUUGUCUAUGCAUCAUGACAAUGUGAGAUAUCGAACCUUCCUGGGUAGACGUCACAAGAGCCACUGGACCCAUUCUCCUCAAACUCAGUCGCGAAACAAAAUGCCGGUGUUUUGGAGCUAUUUUCGAGAUUUCGUCAGGGUACAGAAAAUCGAGGAUUUGACCGAAUCCAAAAAUUAUUUUGCAGAAGUAUUUCCAAACAAGUAGAUUCGUUUUAGCAAAAAAAAAAUUGGGGUUAGGUGCACUUUAAGUCCAACAAAGAAUCCCUGAUAACAUAAACAGAAAAAAUAGAUUUGCAGUCACAUGAUUUAUUGACUUCAUUUACCUUUAAGUUUACAACUCUGAGUUAUGGUUUUAAAGCAUUAUAAAUACAAUAUGAAAAUAAUCAAGAACUAAAAAGGCAUAAAAUACGGCAUAAUUGUGUUUGUUGUAGCAAAUGAAAUUGAAAGUACCAUUCCUUUUGCAUCAAUAACCCUUAAAGUUUUGGAGGUAUUGGAAAUAAAUUUACAUUUGACAUUUAAAUAAAGCAUCACAUUUACAAUACAUAUUUUGUAUUUAUCUACUUUCAACAAAAAUUCAAAUACAUCUAAACUAUUACGUUACUGCAUUGGUAAAAAAAAAACGUAGUAGGAUGACUGACACUUUCGAAUGUAAUGUUCCGUUCUUGAUUAUAAAAGCUUACUGAUAUUGCAACUCAGCCGAGACAUACAUGUCACGUAUCCCUGUAUCAAAUCAAUGUAACUCAGGAAUCCUUGUUUCACAAUAAGAGCUUUUUUUAUGCACUGCAACAGCAGGGUAGCAAGGCAACACAAAUAAGAAAAGCAGCUAAGAUGGAAACAGUAGGAUACAGUACGCAGCGAAUUACAAUACAAGAUUCUUUACUUUGUAGAAAAUGUGGACAUGACAUCACAGUGGCUGCAAACCUCAAUAACAUAGGCAGUAAACUUGCCAUUCGACAGAGGAAUGACACUAUACUUGGAGUCAAGCAUUGUCUUAUUCAACUCUUCAAGAAUCCUCAUGGUCAGCAUUUUGAACUUGUAACAGCCACCUCUGCAAAUAUUAAAGGACAUGGUGAGGCCUUUGAAGAGCAUUCUUGGUUUCCUGGUUAUGCAUGGCGGAUAGCUGUGUGCCCACAGUGUGGUGCCCAUAUGGGAUGGUCAUUUGAGGAUGAUCACAUAGUGGGCUAUGAAGAAAGCAAGAGUAAAUACCUAAAGAAUCAUGAUGAUCUUGCUAAUGGAAAAGAAGGAGAGAAAGAAGAAUCCCCAGUGAAAACUUAUUCUUUUGUGGGUCUCAUUUACCCAAAUCUUAUUCCAGAGCAUUGUGAGUUAAGAUUUAUCUACUCGAUCAGUCAGCCUGUGUUGUUUGCAAUGGCAACAUUAAGGUGGGUGAACACAGUUUAUGAUAGCUGUGUUUCACUUACCGUUUGUCUGAAACUGUUGAUCUUUGGGUCCCCUGAAGGGGCAAACUAAGCGCCACUGCCCUGGCAACAUGACUGGACACUUGCUAAAAGUGAGAAUGGAAUCAAUUCAUUUGAAACUGCUCAAGAAUACAGGAAAACAAUCCAAGUCCAAAAUUCUCAGAAAAUAACAAAGUGAACUCCAAAAGGGCAAGAAUAAGAGUGUAAAGGAUUGCAGGAUGUUUCAGCCUAGUCACAAGCAGAGCCAACUUGUUAUUGUUCUAAACCUAUUUUUUUUAACUUUGUGCAGACUCAGCUUAGAAAAAUGUUAUUUAACUGGAGGAAUUCAGGUGCUAAACUGCAUUUCUAUAUAAGCAUUAUUUUACAAUCCAAAUAAUUGGCAUUUUGGUUUAGGUAUUAUAGUCAGGUCAUUGGAGUACCUCUCAACACACACUCUGUCUUUUGGUUGUCUCCGCUCAGGCAAACACGUGUUUUCUGGUGUGAACGAACUCUGUUCAAGCUAAUUUAUGUCUGUUUGUUUCUUUUACAGAUGCAGACUCAUUAAUAGUGACGCCUAAAGCUUACAGAAGUUAGAUGUCUUAGAUUUGUAGCUACCACAAUUUUAGUAGUUUCUCAGUUUUUUUUAGCAGUUAAAGAAAAAAUUGUAUAACAACUUUUCCUGCUUUCCGUUUGUCUGUUUAACAAAUAGAUUCCAUGUUGCCGUGCGUCUGGUCAGUAAUAGAUCACAGAUGACGUCAAAAUGU